CUUGAUUCGACCUUGACGACAACUGUUAACAUCAAACAACUGUCGAAACUGCUCAAUGACAUCAAGGUGACCCAGAGCAACAUUGAUUCUACUUUGCAGUCGUAUACCACAAAUAACACAUUUCAGCAUCAGUCGACAAUAAGGUCAUUAGAAAUAUCGAGGGUGGAGCUAUCGACGACAUUGAAUCACUCCAGAAACUUGAAAGGCAUAAUGGACGGCGCCAACUCGUUGAGUUACAAGAUUACAGAAAGAGUGCGCUUGUUGGACUCGGAGAAAAGUCAACUUAGCCAGAUAAAAUGCUUUGUAGACAAUGUGAAGACCUUAAAGCUGGAACUUCUGAGAGCCCACGAUGCGAUCGAAAGACAAGACUGGCUUAUCGCCUCAAAGUCCAUAGCGAUAAUUAGACAAUUACCCGAAGGAUUGCUCACGGAUCCGUAUGUGGAGUUUAAGGUUCCGACCACAUCGCUUGAGGAAUUACCCUCUAUGUUGCUAGAAAAGUGGAUAAAGCAACUAGAAGACACUUUUGUACAAGAAUUCAAUGAUGCUGCAGCCAAGAGAGACGCCCAGAAGUUGACCUACUUCUUUCAGCUUUUCCCACUGAUCGGCAAAGAUAAGGUAGGCUUGAGAUGUUACUCUAAAUUCAUUUGUGGCAUCAUUAGUGACCAAUCUAGAUCGACUAUUAGAAAUGCACAGAACAAAGAGUCUAAACCUGAGUUCUACGCUCAGUUAUUAUUUAGACUUUAUCAAACUAUAUCCGGAAUCGUCAACCAGCACUCGAAGGUCAUCAGCUCCUACUAUGGUAAAGCUGUUGUCAACGAUAUUCUCAAAGAUAUACAAAUGGAAUGUGAUUUGCAAAGUAAUUUGAUUUAUGAAACAUACGCAGACUCCAAGCACCUUGACCGAUAUGCAUCUGAAAUCCAGCAGUAUGGAUACCCCAUAUUAAUCAAAGAGAUAUAUAAAAACGUGGCUGAAAGUGAAGAUGAAGAGGAAGAAAAUGAUGACGAAUCAGAAGCUGUUGAAUUGACGGAUGUCUCACAAGUUACAGAUGAGCUAUCCGCAAUGAUGAAUCAUUGGGCAAUGUAUUCCAAAUUUUUUGUCGUAGUGUGGAAUGGAUUUUUGGACGGCAAGAGCAACAAUUCCAGUAGCAUUGACAACAAUAAAAACAUAUUUCCUUCCCCUCUUAUUUUAUCAUCAUUCGGAAUUAAAAUUCAUGACCGAAUCAUUAGACAAUUUGACCUAUUUUGCACAUAUUCUGUUAGAAGAACAUUAGAAAAAGCUUGCUCUAUCGAGUCUUUGGGAAGUCUGUUACCACAGUUUUCUGUGUGUUUGAAAUUCCUGACUCUUGUAUUCAAAAAAAUUGACAACUCUACAACGCACUCAUUGUACUCUUUAAUACCCGAAGACCCUGCAAUAUCCUCACUAGCAGAUGACAUAAUAAUCGUACUUAACACAAUUUUACUAGAAGUUCUUGCCACAGGUGAACUUACUACCAUAAAAAACAUGGUUUCAAAUAUCAAGAGAAUACUGUUGAAUGAUUUCUUGAAUAUUAUCCAGCAACGCCUGAAAGGCUUAUCUUUAAAAUCGUCUUCCAAUCUUUUGACGAAAAACACGAUCCAAAAAAUACACCAACAACAAAACCCACUUUUUGAGUCUGCAUUCAAUGAUUCUUCUAUCAGUACCCCUUCUAGAAGUUCUACACCAGUUGGUAUCAAUGUUUCUGCUUCUGAUAUUGCUAAUACUGGCUCACUGUUUAUGAGGAGUUUAAAUGCUGCAAUCUCUUAUACCAUGGCAGGAGAAGGCGAGGAGGAUCUUACCUAUCUUACGGGUGAUGAUACCGACAUCAAACAAUACGUCAUAUAUUUGAACACACUGGCUGUGAUGAAUACAUAUUUGGAUAGGUUGAUGGACUCGUGCAUGAAAAGUGUUGAGAACAAUUCUUUGUUGAUCGUGGAUGACCAAGAAUUGACCAAUGUCAGACGUUCUCAAGAGGAAACCUUGACCACUGAUUUCGACAUGAGAGUACCCUCUGAUGAAUCAAUCCAUUCACGUAUUGGCGGGUUGUUGAGGAGUAUUCCAGCUGGAUUCAGCGAGCGGGCAAAUGACUUGAUUGAUAGUAAUGUGAGGCUUAUAUUUGAGCGGGUCCUGAAAACAAGAAUAAUCAAACUCGUAAACGAAUCCAUUUCUGAAAAUUACUUGAUGGCUAUCGAAGAGGGCCAGUAUUAUAUUGAGGAUGCGGAUAGAAUAACGAGAUUUAUUAAGAACUGGAAUUCUUUGAUUAUUCCAUAUGCUACAACGUUAUCAAAUUCUGUGUUCAACAGGUUGAUUGCCAAAAUAGUGGAUUUAUCCGCCAUCAUCUUAGAGAAUAAGGUCUGGCAGUUAGAAAAAAAGGUCAGUGCUGUGGGGGCAAUCAAGCUAGAGCAAGAUAUUAGCACUGUAAUCGGUGAGUUAACCAAGUUCAACUAUGGAUUACGUUCGGCUUUUAUCAAGGUGACCCAGAUUAUCAUGGUCGUUGGACUGGAUGAGGAAGAAGACGUAACGGCCCUUGAGGACAUCGGCGAUGAGAUUGAGUGGGCUUUGACUCCAAGCGAGAGAACAAGAGCAAGGAGAUUGAGA